AUGGAGCAAAGUACUGAGGGAAUUGGGAUCAAAAUCUACAGUGCAUCAAAACGUGCAGAUACAUCAAUAUACCCUACUAAUUUGCCACCAGACAACGAUGUUCCGAUCCCCGAAUUGCCUCAACCAGCAAUUGGUGGCAAAAAAAGAAGAGCAAUGGCAAAUGGGGUUCAAACAACACUCUCAAAAACAUCAUUGCUUGUUAAUUUCUUGCCAACAGGCACACUUUUAACUUUUGAAAUGGUACUUCCAUCAGUCUAUGGCAAAGGCGAUUGUUCCCCUGUCACUACAUUAAUGAUUUUAACACUACUUGGCCUUUGUACUUUGUCUUGCUUCUUCUUCCAUUUUACCGAUAGUUUUCGUGGACCGGACGGGAAAGUUUACUAUGGAUUUGUGACACCAAGUGGAUUGAAAGUUUUCAAGUCCGGACUAGGUGUGGAUAUGCCAAAAGAUGAGAGUACGAUAGUGGAAUUUACGGAUUUCGUGCAUGCAAUGAUGUCUGUUUUAGUAUUUGUGGCGAUUGCUUUUUCGGAUCAUAGAGUGACGCUUUGUUUAUUCCCUGGACAUGCAAAAGAACUUGAUGAAAUUAUGAGGAGUUUUCCUUUAAUGGUGGGAGUUAUUUGCAGUGGACUUUUUCUUGUUUUUCCCAAUACUAGAUAUGGUAUUGGAUGUAUGUCUGCUUAAUAAUUAGGGCAGGGUUGUGCUUUAAUUUUAGGUUGUUUUUGUUUU